CGCAGGACUCACUGCAGCCAAGUCCCGCUGAUGCGCGAUGCCUCGUUUUACUGUACACAUUCGAGAUGAGUGGCUGUCAGUGCCCUGCCGGGACACUUCCAAAACCAUCCAGUGGCUCGGACAGGAAGCGCUUAAACGUUACAUAAAGAACAAACCGGACAACGGCGGCAUCACGGCUGUGAAAGACAUACGUUUUGUUGUGCGCAGGUGCCAGGGUUUGGGUCUGCUGGACGCGGAUGACACCAUCGAAGAUGUACUGGAGGAUAACGACUUUGUCGAGCUUGCUAUUGAAGGAGAUACCAUGUCUCCUGACUUUAUUCCGUGUGAACCGGGAGUUUCUCAUCUCACAGCAGCAUACAAAGAGCCUGAAGAGUAUAUUUCUUUGGAUGGCAACAGCCUGACGUCAACAGAUCUCAUCAACUUAGGCCGAGGACUCUACAAGAUAAAGCUGACUCCUGAGGCAGAAAGAAAGGUUGUGCAAUCCAGAGAGCUUUUGGACACCAUUGUCAAAGAAAACAAAGUUGUCUAUGGGAUCACAACGGGUUUUGGCAAAUUUGCCCGAACUGUCAUUCCUGUCAGCAAACUCAAGGAGCUCCAGGAAAACUUGGUGCGCUCACACUCAGCAGGUGUGGGGAACCCGUUAAGCCCAGAGAGGACCCGCAUGUUGCUCGCUUUGAGGAUCAAUGUUUUGGCCAAAGGGCACAGUGGUGUUUCUCUUGAAACCCUCCAGGCCAUGAUCCAGGCCUUUAACGCCUCCUGCCUCUCCUUUGUCCCUGAAAAGGGAACAGUAGGUGCUAGUGGUGACCUGGCACCCCUCUCUCACCUGGCCCUCGGACUCAUGGGAGAGGGAAAAAUGUGGUCUCCCACAAGCGGAUGGGCUGAUGCCAAAUACGUCCUGGAGGCACAUGGACUCAAGCCAAUAUCACUAAAACCUAAAGAGGGUCUGGCUCUGAUCAAUGGGACACAGAUGAUUACCUCUCUAGGGGCAGAGGCCGUGGAGCGAGCCCAGGCGAUUGCCCAGCAGGCAGAUAUUAUUGCUGCUCUCACCCUGGAGGUGCUAAAGGGAACCACCAAGGCCUUUGACAGUGACAUCCAUGCACUGCGGCCACAUCCGGGGCAAAUAGAGGUGGCUCAACGCUUCCGCUCACUGUUGGACUCUGAUCACCACCCAUCCCAGAUUGCAGAGAGCCACAGGUUCUGUGACAGAGUCCAGGAUGCCUACACCAUGCGGUGCUGUCCUCAGGUUCAUGGAAUUGCCAAUGACACAAUUGCAUUUGUCCAGAAUAUCAUCAACACAGAAAUCAACAGUGCCACUGACAACCCUAUGGUAUUUGCAGAAAGAGGUGAGACCAUUUCAGGUGGGAAUUUCCAUGGGGAAUACCCAGCUAAGGCUCUGGAUUUUUUAGCCAUUGCAGUCCACGAGCUGGCUUCAAUCAGCGAAAGGAGGAUCGAGAGGUUGUGUAACCCCUCUCUGAGUGAGCUGCCUGCCUUCCUCGUCAACGAGGGUGGACUCAACUCAGGCUUCAUGAUUGCCCACUGCACUGCAGCCGCCUUAGUUUCAGAAAACAAAGUUUUGUGUCACCCAUCGUCUGUGGACUCUUUGUCUACUAGUGCUGCCACGGAGGACCACGUGUCUAUGGGAGGAUGGGCUGCUAGGAAGGCCCUGAGGGUAAUAGAGCAUGUGGAGCAAGUCCUCGCUAUAGAGCUGCUGGCCGCAUGUCAGGGCAUCGAGUUCCUCCGCCCACUCCGUACCACCACUCCACUGGAGAAGGUCUAUGAACUUGUUCGCAGCGUGGUCAAACCGUGGAUUAAAGACAGAUUCAUGUCGCCUGAUAUCGAAGCGGUUCAUCGCCUGCUACUUGAUCAAAAGGUGUGGAAUGUGGCCAAACCUUACAUUGAGAAGUACCAGACAGAGUACAUCCCCGAGUCCCGCCCCGUCUCUCCCACUGCCUUUUCCCUGGACUCUCCGGCCUCCCCCAGGAAGCGUGUUCGCCACGAAUGAAAGCACACGCCAAACAAGUUUUUUUUUUUUUUUUGGCAAUUACUUCAGUCACAAAAAAACAAAGAUCCUACACAGUGAUCUUGGUCAACACCACAGUUAGUCAAAAGUGUGUGGCCAUUAUCUGAGACCAACUGGAGCAGAAUGGGAGAAACGGAUCCUUACGCGUCACUGUGACA